AUGGAGGACGAGGAAGACGAGACAGUGCAGGAAAAAAGUUUCGCGGAGGACGAGCGGGUGCAGUUCGUGGGCCGCCGCCUGGCCCAUUUGUUGAGGCUCAAAGAAGAGAAAUGGAGCAAGCUUCUGGAAGAAGAAGAGAACCAAAACGUCGUGGCGGACUUUUUGGAGAGUAACCGCCCGGCUUUCUUGGCCUUCUACCUCUCUACGGCCGGAGGAUUGGCUGUAGGGACAAAGAUACCCAGUGUUAUAAAACAUAAAUUAGUUUGGGUUAUGAAGACUGCAAACUGCAUUGGAGCAGAAAACUACAAGGAAGAUCUCAAAUUGUCAGAAUUAUCUGCACUACCCUUGGAGCAUGUAAUGGUAUUCUUAGAGGAGGUUGUAGUUCCUGUUCUUUCCAGUAAGAAAAAUAAUGGAUCUUGGCCACAUGUUAUUUCCCAGGAUAUGGAGCGGCAUAUAGAGAUAAUGAAAAAUAAGACCUAUGUUAUGAAUGGAAUUGUGUCUGGGAGAAUUCUUCUUCCUCUUCCAACAAUUGCAACAGAGACGGAGUUGCAGGAUAUAUGCACUGAAAAUAAGCAGAAUUCCCAGAUAAGGUCAGUACUGCAUGAAGUAGAGUCAAUGGUUAUCAAGUGGUCACACCAGAUACGAAACAUUUUGGAAAAGACUCAACCUCCUUUUAACAAUGUUCAUCCAGAUCCUCAGAGUGAACUUAAGUUUUGGAAAGAAAGAAAAGACAAUCUCUUGUGUAUAUAUGAUCAGCUUAAGAGCCCUAUUGUUCAAAAACUGAUUGGGAUCUUAAAAGUCAAGAUGAGCAGUUAUUAUCCAACUUUUCAGGAUAUUUAUAAGGAUGUAGAAAAUGCACUUAUUGAAGCCCAAGAUAUCGACUUAUAUCUAAAACCCCUGCAAAGACAUAUUCAGUAUUUUCAAGAGACAGAAUUUCCAGGGAUACGUAUUUUGAUUCCCCCUUUGUUUCACACCAUCUGCCUGAUCUGGAGUCAUUCCAAAUUUUACAACAUGCCAGCACGAAUCAUAUCUCUACUGCAGGAAUUCUGCAAUCUGUUCAUUCAUCAGGCUAUAUUAUAUCUUUCACCAGAAAAUAUUAUGAAAAGGGAAACAGAAGAAACUUUGGAACAAGUACAAAGUGCUCUUAAUACUUUAAGGAGUUUUAAGGAUGCCUUUUUUAAUGAAAGAAAACAAAUCGCAACUUAUUUCACUAGCAGUCAAGAAGUUAGAUUUUGGGAUUUUCAGCCACAGAUGGUAUUUUCCAGAUUUGAUAUGUUUUUAAAUCGCCUGGAGAAAAUAGAGAAUAUUUUUGUUACUAUGCUUGAGUUUGAAAAGUUGGAGAAACUGGAAUUUGGUGGAAUCAAAGGGAAAUAUUUGAAUGCUCAAAUAUGCAAACUGAAUGAAGAAUUUAUCGAGUCUUGUAACACUUUUAAAGAGAAAACAUAUGACCCUUUAGACUACAGCAAUAUGGAAUUUGAAGAAGACUGUGCUGAUUUUAAACACAAAAUUUUGGAAUUUGAAAGACGUCUUGGGUCAAUUUUUUGUGUGGGAUUUCUUGAUUGUUCAGGUUUGGAGUCGGCAUUUAAGCUUAUAACCAUUCUUGGAUCUUUUCUGGAGAAACCAGUUAUUGCAGAUAUUUUUAGCACAAAUUAUAAGAUUUUGCUACAGAUGUUUGAUGAAGAGUUGAGAAAUUGUAAAUACUUGUAUGAUGAACACCUUAAACAGGAGGAAGAGGGUACUGAAAUCAUAAAUAAAAACAUGUCAUCAACUUCAGGAAACCUUAAAUGGUCUCGAGAAAUUAAAGCCCGCAUAUGGUCAUUUUGGUCAAAUUUCUCAUUUGUUCCCCAUCAAGUCAUGGAAAGUUUUGAAGGUACUUUAAUUUAUCAGAAAUAUAUAGAAAUGUUGAGGUUACUUGACCAAUAUGAAGAUCAGAUCUAUUAUAAAUGGAAAUCCAAGGUGGAUGAUAUUUGUCUGUUUAAUUUAGAUCAACCUCUGAUUAAGCGAAAUGAUAAAGAUGGUCUUCUUAGUGUGAAUUUUGACCCUAAGCUUGUAGCUGUUUUAAGAGAUGUGAAAUAUCUCUUGCUUAUGGAUCAGCCCAAUAUUCCAAGUUCAGCAUUAGAAUUAUACAAGAAGAGGGGAACAUUUGCUAAGUACACAGAAAAUCUUGAACUUGUGGUCCAAUGGUACAACAAAAUUAAACAGACUGUUUUGGAGGUAGAAUACCCUCUUAUUGAAAAACAGCUGAUAGUUGCUGAUGAUCAGCUAAAAGAAGCAGAAGAAAAGCUCACGUGGCAGGAAGAAAAUUGCUGGGUAUAUAUUGAGUGUGUGAAAGCUAAAGUUCAUGACUUGGAGCAGAGACUUCAAAAGUCAAAGGACAAUAUUAAGACCAUCCAACAAAUUAUGAAGUCUUGGAUGGAGCAGCCUUUCUUUUCUAGAAAAGAUAACAGAAAAGAAGCUUUGUUAAAUCUAGAAGACAAAGAAGACCGACUUGCUAAAAAAUUCCUGUCUUUCCAAGAAGAUGGCUGCAAGAUGCAUAAACUUGUAGAGGAAAACCUAAUGCUCUUUAAAGCAGACCCAGAUUCAGAUUCUUGGAAGAUUUACCUGGAGUUCAUUGAUGACAUCAUAGCUGAUGGCUUUUUUAAUGCCAUAAUGUAUAAUUUAAACUUCUUCUUGGAAAACACAGAAAAAGCUUUGCAGCCAGCACCAUUAUUUCAGGUUCAGAUGAUCCUAAGUGCUGUAGAAAUUGAAUUCAAACCUUCACUGGACAAGGAAGCUGGUGAUGGCUUUUAUGAUCUAAUAGAUGAACUUUUAAGCAAUAUUUUCAAAACAUCUGCUCAAGUGAAAAGAAUAGCAUCACAUCUUGAAAUACAACAUUACCAGAAUGACAUGGAUGGUAUAUCAGAGCUAUCCGAGACCAGGGAAAAGAUUAUGAACAGAGUGGUGGAUGUUAUUACCAAAGCCAUGAACUUCAAAAACUCUCUCGACUGUUAUGCGUAUCUCUGGGUAGAUGACAGAUCAGAAUUUAUGAAACAAUUUCUCUUCUAUAGUCGUGUAUUGACUUCUGAAGAAACAGAGACUCCUACAGAUGUUGGCACAUCUGAUCAACACCCAACUGCUGAGCAGUUUAAAGAACAGAUUGACAUAUAUGAGAAUCUUUACAUUCAGAUGAGCAAAUUUGAAGACUUCAGAAUUUUUGAAGGCUGGCUUAAAGUGGACUUGAAACCUUUCAAACUUAGUUUGCUAAAUGUUAUUAAGAAAUGGAGUUGGAUGUUCAAAGAAUACCUUGUGAGAUUUGUCACUGAUAGCCUAGCUGACCUAGAAGAAUUCAUUAAAAUGACAAACCUUGGAUUCCAAAAACAGUUAUCAGAAAUAGAUUAUAAUGGACUCAUAGAUGUUAUGAUUCACCUCUUGGCUGUCAAGGAUAGGCAGUCGGCUACUGAUGAACUUUUUGAACCUCUAAAAGAUACCAUUGUACUCUUGGAAAACUAUGGGCAGAAGAUGCCAGAUCAUAUUUAUGUUCAAAUAGAGGAAUUGCCUGAAAGAUGGAAUGCCACCAAAAAACUUGCUGUGUCUGUAAAGCAUGAAGUGGCUCCUUUUUUGACUUCUGAGGUCACUAUUCUCAGAAAAAAAUGUGCUGCUUUUGAUGGGAAGCAGAUAGGAUUCAGAGAAAGAUUUAGAGCAGAUGCUCCCUUUCAUUUUGAUGCCAAAAAACCAUAUGCACUUCUUGAUAAGGCAAAUCAGGAACUGGAAGCACUGGAAGAAGAAAUGUUGCACCUACAAGAAUCUGCCAACCUUUUUGAAGUGGUUAUUCCAGAGUACAAACAAAUGAAACACUGUCGCAAAGAAAUAAAGUUGCUGAAGGGAGUGUGGGAUAUUAAUGUUUAUGUCACAAGCAGCAUUCAUGAUUGGACUAAAAGGCAUUGGAGAGAUAUUAGCAUGGAGCAGAUGGAGGUUGAGCUUAGAAGAUACACAAAAGAGAUAUGGUCAUUGGAUAAAGAGGUUCGUUCUUGGAAUGUAUAUACAAGUCUGGAAUUAACUAUUAAGAACCUUUUGACAUCACUAAAGGUCGUAACAGAGUUGCAGAAUCCAGCAAUUCGAGACCGACACUGGAAUCAGCUCAUGGAUACAAUAGGAAUUCAGUUUUUCAUAACUGAAGAUACAACUUUAGCAAAUCUGCUGGCGCUGAAUCUGCAUAAAGUGGAAGAUGAUGUCCGAAAUAUCGUUGACAAAGCAGUAAAAGAGCUUGGAAUUGAGAAGAUUCUGAUAGAAAUUAGUCAAACAUGGGCUGCUAUGGAGUUUUCUUAUGAAGAACAUUACAGGACCAGUAUUUCCUUGUUGAAAAUAGAUGAACAGCUUUUUGAGACUUUAGACAAUAAUCAAGUUCAGUUGCAAACAGUUCUGCAAAGUAAAUACAUUGAAUAUUUCAUUGAACAAGUUUUAACUUGGCAAAAAAAGCUGAAUGUGGCAGACUCUGUCAUUUAUAUAUGGAUGGAAGUUCAACGUACAUGGUCUCAUCUCGAAAGCAUUUUCAUUGGUUCAGAUGAUAUCAGAGAACAGCUUCCUCAAGAUUCCAAGAGAUUUGAUUGCAUUGAUGUGGAUUUUAAGGAAUUAAUGAAUGAUUCAGCAAAUACCAGAAAUGUAUUGGAAGCAACAACCAAGCCUGGGUUGUAUGAAAAACUUCAAGAUUUACAGCAUAGACUCUCUCUGUGUGAAAAGGCUCUUGCUGAAUACUUAGAGACUAAACGUUUAGCCUUCCCCCGGUUUUAUUUUGUUUCAUCUGCUGAUCUGCUAGACAUUCUCUCAAAAGGAGCUCAACCCAAACAGGUGACUUGCCAUCUUAUUAAACUUUUUGACAAUACUGCUGAUCUUAAAUUUCAAGACAGUGAAGAUCAGCACAGCAAUAUUGCACUAGGGAUGUACAGCAAAGAAAAGGAAUAUGUCCCAUUCAGUGGACAAUUUGAGUGUGGUGGUCAGGUAGAAACCUGGUUGAAACGCCUGGAAGAUACCAUGCGUGAAACAAUGCGUUAUCACAUCACAGAAGCUAUAACUGUUUAUGAGGAAAAACCCAGAGAACAGUGGAUCUUUGACUAUCCUGCACAAGUAGCACUUACUGGUUCUCAAAUCUGGUGGACUACAGAUGUGGGAAUAGCAUUCAGCAGACUUGAAGAAGGGUUGGAAACUGCUUUGAAGGAUUAUCAUAAGAAACAGAUUGUUCAGCUAAAUGCUCUUAUUGCUCUACUGUUGGGUGAUCUGACACCAAGUGACAGGCAGAAGAUCAUGACUAUUUGCACAGUAGAUGUACAUGCAAGGGAUGUGGUGGCAAAGCUUGUAUCUCAGAAGGUUGCUAGUUCCCAAGCUUUUCCUUGGCUGUCGCAACUACGCCAUAGAUGGGAUUGGGCCCUGAAACACUGCUUUGCCAACAUUUGUGAUGCUGAGUUUCAGUAUUACUAUGAGUAUUUGGGAAAUACCCCUCGGCUAGUUAUUACACCUUUGACUGACAGGUGUUACAUUACUCUUACCCAGUCUCUACACCUAACAAUGAGUGGGGCUCCUGCAGGUCCUGCUGGGACAGGCAAAACAGAAACCACAAAGGAUCUUGGACAUGCACUUGGAAUGAUGGUCUAUGUUUUCAACUGUUCUGAGCAGAUGGAUUACAAGUCCAUAGGAAACAUCUAUAAAGGUUUGGUUCAAACAGGUGCUUGGGGGUGUUUUGAUGAAUUCAACCGAAUUUCAGUAGAAGUUCUUUCAGUGGUGGCAGUACAAGUAAAAGCUAUCCAUGAUGCCAUCAGAAAUAAUAAAAAACAAUUCUUAUUCCUUGGAGAAAACAUUACAUUGAAAGCGUCAGUAGGAAUAUUUAUUACCAUGAAUCCGGGGUAUGCUGGCCGAACAGAAUUACCUGGAAAUCUUAAAGCUCUAUUCAGACCCUGUGCAAUGGUGGUCCCUGACAUUGAACUAAUCUGUGAAAUAAUGCUGGUGGCCGAAGGGUUUAUUGAUGCACGCUUAUUAGCCAGAAAGUUUGUUACUCUGUAUACCCUUUGUAGAGAACUUCUCUCUAAGCAGGAUCAUUAUGAUUGGGGUCUUCGGGCUAUUAAAUCUGUCUUGGUAGUUGCUGGUUCUCUGAAGCGAGGAGAUAAGACUAGACCUGAAGAUCAGAUACUUAUGCGAGCCUUGAGGGACUUCAAUUUGCCUAAGAUAGUGACAGACGAUAUCCCCAUUUUCAUGGGCUUAAUCAGUGACCUCUUUCCAGCUCUGGAUGUUCCAAGGAAGAGGAACUUGCAAUUUGAACAGAUGGUUAAACAAUCUACCCUGGAGCUUCACUUACAGCCUGAGGAGACCUUUAUUCUCAAAGUUGUUCAGCUUGAGGAACUGCUGGCUGUGCGUCAUUCUGUCUUUGUAGUGGGAAAUGCAGGCACAGGAAAAAGCAAGAUUCUGAAAACACUGAAUAAGACUUAUAUGAACAUGAAGCAGAAGCCUGUUUGGAACGAUUUGAACCCCAAGGCUGUGACUACUGAUGAGCUCUUUGGGUUCAUACAUCAUGCUACUAGAGAAUGGAAAGAUGGACUCUUCUCCUCUCUUUUGAGAGAGCAAGCUAAUAUGUGCCAUAAUUGGCCAAAAUGGAUUGUCUUAGAUGGAGACAUAGAUCCUAUGUGGAUUGAAUCACUCAAUACUGUUAUGGAUGAUAACAAGGUGCUGACUCUCGCCAGCAACGAACGGGUCCCUCUGACUCCAUCAAUGCGACUGCUGUUUGAGAUUCACCAUCUGAAAACAGCCACCCCUGCUACAGUGUCAAGAGCAGGCAUUCUGUAUGUAAAUCCACAGGAUCUUGGUUGGAAUCCAUAUGUUGCAAGCUGGAUAGAAUCAAGGAGAGAUCAAUCUGAAAAAGCAAAUUUGACUAUUCUCUUUGAUAAAUACGUUCCUCUGUGUUUGGACCAACUCAGAACAAACUUUAAAACGAUAAUUCCCAUCUCUGAGAAUAGCAUGGUGCAGACUCUUUGUACUCUCCUUGACUGUCUACUGACCCCUGAAAAUUUGACCCCUGAUGGACCUAGAGACCUAUAUGAAAUAUAUUUUGCGUUUGCCUGUGUGUGGGCAUUUGGUGGGGCUCUAUUUCAAGAUGAGCUUUACAGUUACCAAGCUGAAUUCAGCCAGUGGUGGCUUAAAGAGAUGAAAUCUGUGAAGUUCCCAUCCCAUGGUACAAUAUUUGACUAUUAUCUUGAUCCCAAAACUAAGAAAUUUUUCCCUUGGAGUAAUAAAAUCAGCAGUUUUGUCAUGGAUCCAGAUACACCCUUGCAGGCAGUGCUCAUUCACACAUCUGAGACCGCAUGUCUUAAAUACUUUGUGGAAUUGCUAUUGGAAAAAAGCAAGCCAGUGAUGCUGGUUGGAAAUGCUGGAGUAGGGAAAACAGUGCUAAUUGGGAAAUGCCUUGCCGGCCUUUCAGAAGAUUUUCUGGUCUCAAAAGUUCCAUUCAACUAUUACACUACUUCAGCAACGUUACAAAGGAUUCUUGAAAAGCCCUUGGAGAAAAAAGCUGGCCGUAACUAUGGUCCAGUGGGAAACAAAAAAUUGGUUUAUUUUAUUGAUGACUUGAACAUGCCAGAAGUGGAUGUUUAUGGGACAGUUCAGCCUCACACACUGAUUCGGCAACACAUAGAUUAUAGACAUUGGUAUGAUAGACAGACAUUAACUGUGAAAGAAAUUAAUCAUUGUCAGUAUGUUGCCUGUAUGAAUCCAACUGUUGGCAGUUUUACCAUCAACCCCCGACUUCAAAGGCAUUUUGCCGUGUUUGCCAUGAACUUUCCCUCCCCCGAUGCUCUGAGCACGAUCUAUGGCAAGAUUCUUGAUUUCCAUUUUCAGCGAUAUAAUUUUAAUCCAUCUGUGUUAAAUCACGGGCCUUCCCUGAUUCAAGCUGCAAUAUGGCUUCACCAGACAAUGGUUCAGAGUUUUCUCCCAACAGCUAUUAAAUUCCAUUAUAUUUUCAACCUUCGAGAUCUCUCUAACAUCUUCCAGGGGAUUCUGUUUGCUAAGCUGGAGUGUUUGAAGCAUCCAAAUGAUCUUGUUCAUUUGUGGCUUCAUGAGUCUUCACGUGUUUAUGGAGAUAAAUUGGUGGAAAAAAAAGAUUGCAAUUUAUUUUAUAAAAAGUUGAUAGAUACCGCACAUAAAUAUUUUGAGGAUGUGGAAGAUCGUGUUCUUCUUCAAAAACCUCUUAUUUACUGUCAUUUUGCAAAUGGUGUGGCAGACCCUAACUAUAUGCCUGUCAAAGACUGGGAAGUGCUGAGGAAGAUAUUCUUGGAGGCUCUAGAAAACUACAAUGAAGUAAAUGCAUCUAUGAACUUAGUUUUAUUUGAGGAUGCUAUUCAGCAUGUAUGUCGUAUUAGCCGAAUCUUGGAGUCCUCCCGUGGUUAUGCACUUUUGAUUGGAGUGGGUGGCAGCGGAAAACAAAGUUUAUCAAGACUAGCUGCCUACCUUGGCUCUCUUGAAGUAUUUCAAAUUACACUGAGAAAAGACUACACAGUGGAGGAUCUCAGGGUAGAUCUUGCCAGUUUGUAUAUCAAGACAGGAGCCAAGAACAUUCCCACUGUGUUUUUGCUGACAGAUGCUCAAGUUCCAGAUGAACGCUUUCUUGUGCUGAUUAAUGACUUGUUGGCAUCAGGAGAAAUUCCAGAUCUGUUCAGUGAUGAAGAUACAGAUGGCAUUAUUGCAGGAAUUAGAAAUGAAAUACGUGAACUUGGUCUUACUGAUACUAGAGAAAACUGCUGGAGCUUCUUUUUAGAUAGAGUACGACUGCAACUCAAGAUCAUUUUGUGUUUCUCUCCUGUCGGUUCCACAUUGAGAGUUAGAGCUCGGAAGUUCCCAGCCAUAGUUAACUGCACAGCUAUUGAUUGGUUUCAUGAGUGGCCGCAGGAGGCCCUGGAAUCUGUCAGCAGGAGGUUCAUUGAGGAGAUGCCUGGGAUUAAGCCACAGUUUUAUGACUCCAUUUGCCAUUUUAUGGCAUAUGCCCACGCUAGUGUGAAUGAGAUAAGUUCAAAAUUUCAACUAAAUGAGAAGAGGUACAAUUAUACAACCCCUAAGAGCUUCCUAGAGCAAAUAAUGCUCUUCAAGAAUCUUCUAGAGAAGAAAAUCCAGAAAAUUUCCCAACAUAAGGAACACCUCAUAAAUGGUAUUCAGAAGCUGAAAACAACUGCUUCUCAGGUAGAAGACUUAAAAUGCAAACUUGCUUCUCAAGAAGCAGAACUGCAACUGAGAAAUCAAGAUGCAGAAGCUUUGAUUACUAAGAUAGGGCUUCAGACUGAGAAAGUAAGCAAAGAAAAGGCCAUUGCUGAUGCAGAGGAGCAAAAGGUGGCUGUGAUUCAAGCAGAAGUAUCUCGAAGGCAGAAAGAAUGUGAAGAUGAUUUGAUGAAAGCUGAACCUGCUCUGGUAGCUGCUACUGCAGCUUUAAAUACCCUUAAUAAGGUGAAUCUUAUUGAACUGAAAGUUUUCCCUAAUCCGCCAGUUGCGGUGACCAAUGUCACAGCUGCAGUCAUGGUCCUUUUGGCAAAUAAAGGAAAAGUACCAGAAGAUCGAACUUGGAAAGCUGCUAAACUUACCAUGAAAAAGGUUGAUGAAUUCUUGCAAGCUUUGAUUAACUACGAUAAAGAACAUAUCCCAGAGAAUUGUUUGAAAGUGGUGAAGGAGCGUUAUUUGAAAAACCCAGAUUUCAGCCCAAAUUAUGUUCGCACCCAGUCAUUCGCAGCAGCUGGUCUAUGUGCCUGGGUUAUCAACAUAGUAAAAUUCUAUGAGGUAUACUGCGAUGUGGAACCCAAACGUCAAGCAUUGGCCCAAGCAAAUGCUGAACUCGCAGCGGCUACUGAAAAGCUGGAAGCCAUCAGGAAAAAACUCGGUGAACUGGACCACAAUCUGUGCAAGCUGACAUCAUCAUUUGAAAAAGCAACAGCAGAAAAAGUCAGAUGCCAAGAAGAAGUCAGCCAUACCAAUAACACUAUUGAGCUAGCCAACAGACUUGUUAAAGGACUUCAGUCUGAAAAUAUUCGUUGGAGCCACUCAAUUAAAUCCUUUGAAGAACAAGAAAUAACUGCGUGUGGCGAUGUUUUGUUAACAGCUGCUUUUGUUUCUUACAUUGGUCCCUUUACUAAGCUUUAUCGUCAAGAGCUGGUGGAACGUAUGUGGCUUCCAUUUCUGAAAUUGCAAAAAAUUCCUAUUCCAACGAGUACAGAGUUAGAUCUAGUUGCCAUGUUGACUGAUGAUGCAAUGAUCGCAAAAUGGAAUAAUGAAGGAUUACCCAGUGAUAAAAUGUCAACAGAAAAUGCUGCUAUUCUAACAAACUGCGAGCGCUGGCCACUUCUCAUAGAUCCUCAACUACAAGCAAUUAAAUGGAUAAAGAAUAAAUAUGGAACUGAUCUUAAAAUCAUGAAUCUAGGACAGAAGGGGUUCUUGAAAACUAUUGAAAGAACUUUGGCUUGUGGAGAUGUUGUCCUGAUUGAAAACUUGGAUGAAAAAAUAGACCCUGUGCUUGAUCCUCUGCUUGGAAGAAACACAGUUAAAAAGGGAAAGUAUAUCAAAAUUGAGGACAGAGAAUGUGAAUUCAACAAUAAUUUCCGUCUCAUUCUUCACACUAAGCUGGCCAACCCCCACUACAAACCAGAGCUGCAGGCUCAGACCACUCUAAUUAAUUUCACAGUCACAAAGGAUGGAUUGGAAGACCAGUUGUUGGCUGAGGCUGUUAGUAUUGAACGACCUGAGUUGGAGACAGUUAAGUCUCUUCUGACAAAACAACAGAAUGAUUUCAAAAUUCAACUGAAGGUCUUAGAGGAUGAUCUACUUUUCCGCCUUUCUGCUGCUGAAGGCAGUUUCUUAGGAGAUACUGACCUUGUGGAGAAACUUGAGACAACAAAAUCAAUGGCGGCGGAGAUAGAACUCAAGGCUGCAGAAGCCAAAGAAAAUGAAGUUAAUAUUAAUGAAGCCAGAGAGCAUUAUAGACCAGCAGCUGCAAGAGCAUCUCUUCUUUAUUUCGUCAUUCAAGAUCUGAGCAAAAUCAAUCCCAUCUAUCAGUUUUCACUUAAGGCUUUCAACAAUGUAUUUCAUAAAGCCAUUGAGCGAGCAGAGGCAUCAGAUGAUAUCCAGGAGCGCAUCUCCAACUUGACAGAAGCUAUAACAUAUUUCACCUUCAUUUAUAUCAGCCAGGGACUUUUUGAGAGGGACAAACUCAUUUUUCUUGGCCACACAAUAUUUCAGAUUUUGUUGAGGAAUAAAGAAAUAGAACCCACCGAGCUGAAUUUCUUGCUACGAUUUAAAGUUGAACAUACUUAUAAAAGUCCAGUUGACUUUUUAACAAUUCAGCCAUGGAGUGCUAUUAAGGCCAUUGCCUUAAUGGAUGAAUUCCGAGGAUUAGAUAAAGACAUUGAAGGUUCUGCCAAGAGAUGGAAAAAAUGGGUGGAUUCAGAAUGCCCAGAAAAGGAAAAACUACCCCAGGAAUGGAAAAAUAAAACUUCUUUCCAGAGACUUAUUAUACUACGAGCAUUACGCCCAGAUCGGAUAACUUACGCUCUGAGAGAUUUUGUAGAAGAAAAGCUAGGUUCAAAGUAUGUGGAUGGCACAAGAAUAGACUUGGCUAAGUCCUAUGAAGAAAGCAAUCCAGCUACUCCUGUGUUUUUUAUUCUUUCUCCUGGGGUGGACCCUCUUAAAGACAUGGAGACACUUG